AUGACUAGUGAAAUCGCAAACACAUUUGUAUGGGAAAUUGGGAAUUUUCAAAAAUGGAUAAAAGUCUCCAAAGGUGAAUGUAUUAAUAGCCAAAAAUUUUGGUUACCACAAAGAUCUUUUGAGAUAAACAACGAUCAAGUUUGCAAUCAUCCUACUUUAUGGGAAUUAUCCUUGUACCCAAACGGAAUUUCAUCGAAAGGAAUGUCUUUAUGUGUUCAUGCUAUUCAAACAAAGUAUGAAAAGGAAAAAGGUAUUUCUACGAGACGGAAACAAUUUAUUUUAGGAAUUGGAGAAUAUGAUAUUAGUCAGUUAUUAACUAAACGUAAAGCUGUAAUUAGACAAAGUGAAAAAUAUGGGAAUUUUACUUUUAACGGAUCAAAAACUAUUUCAAGUAAUCGGUAUGAUAAUUUUUUUUCAUUAGACUAUAUUUUUUCAAGAAAUGAAAAAGCGAAAGUAGUUAACUUGUUUGUUCAAGUUACUAUUCUUGAAGAAAAGUCUAUACCUGUCGAUAGAAUCAAAUUCGAUAAUAAAUAUGAAGAUUGUUUUGGAGAUGAUUCAUUUUCAGAUAUUGAAUUCGAACUUGAUUGUGGGUCAAGAAUUAAAGCUCAUCGUGUUAUUUUAUCAUCUAGUUCAAGUUAUUUUAAAAUCAUGUUUUCAAGUCAAUGGAAGGAAAGAGACAUGGACGUCGUACCAAUUAGAGAAACAAAUUAUACAUCUUUUCGUGCCAUUCUUUAUUUUAUUUAUUCAGGAAAAUUGUUGGGUCUAGAAAGUUUUGAUGAAUUCGAACACGCUUUUAAACUUGCGGAUAUGAUGAUGCUGAAAAACUUAAAUAAAUUGGUUAUAAAUGAAUGGUUAAAAAUUGUUGAUAAUGAAAAUUGGCAUAAAUUCAUAUUAUUGGGGUGGAAAUAUAACAAUAAUCUUUUAAAAAAUACGGGAUUAGAAUACGCCGCUGAUCAUUGGGAAAAGGUUAAAAAAGAUGAUGGAAUGCUACAAUUGAUUGCAAGUAAUAACAUAGAAGGAAUUGAAGAGUUAUUUUACAUUACAAACAAAAGGUUGGAAAUGUCUAAUGUUGGAAUAAUCUUGGAACGACAACGAAAACAGUCAAAAACACAAAAACAAUCGAUGAAGAAAAAGUCAAAAUAUAAAGAAUAUAUAGAACGUGAAUAUCGUGCUUGUGAUUAUAUAGAAGUUAAUGAUGAUGUUAAUGGUUUCAUGCUAAACGAGUUAUCUUAUUGUACUGAAAAAACGAUUAUUGAUCUGGAGGAUUCUGAAUAG